CCCAACCGAGCCAGCUUCAAUUUUCGAUAGCCACUCGAGGCGAGCAGUUCGGAUCGGAUCGGCGGUGCAGUGGUGGUCAGCUUGAGUUCCUGGAUGCGAACAUGUUGUGGAUAAUGGGGCUAGUGGUGGCCGCCGUGCGGCUCAGUGGCCAGACGAGUGCCGUGGCAAAUGUCACGGUGAUCGAAGACAUUAGGAGCGCCUUCAGGGGCGUCACCAACGACACGGAGCUACUGAAUCACAUAAUACCGGAAAUGUACGGGGCGAGCAUGCGCAGUGCGAAUCCCUCGCUUGUCUUCAAAAUGCCCAGCAAAUCGAUCGGCGGGGGCAGCGAAUUCGAGCUGCUAACAAUGCAGCGAUCCGAUUUCGCGGAACCAAUCUUCCCCAAUAUCAGCCAGUCGGCCACGGCCACGGCCACGCUGAUCGAUUCACCAUCACCCAGCACCACUCCGCCGGAAACGAGCGUGAAGACCAGCCUCAUAGUAUCGCCGCACCAGGACUGGCAGCAAAUGGGUCUGGAGGGCUGGACGGGCGAGCUGAGGCCACCAGUUCCCUCGCUGGAGCAGGAACAUAGGGACACUAAUCCGCCGAUCGGCUGGCAGAACUCGUAUCCCCACGACGAGAUUCGUCUGGAGUUCCAGAACCACCAUUUCGACGGUCGGGUGACGGACAUACGCGUGAUAACAGCCACGACUGGGAGGCCGGCGGAGAUGGAGGACCUGAUGAAUGCUCAGAAUGUGUACAUAGCGCGGGUGAACGAUCCCUUUGGCUACUCCAUGAAGUGGAGCUUCACCAACGAGAGCAGCAGGGAAAAGGAGAGCCUGCCCGAGGGAGAACGCGGAAAGAGGGAUGUAACGCGGCUGUACUCCAUGAUCAAGUGCUCCACAGGCUGUGAUCCGCUGAUCUACAAGGGCUACGGCUGCUAUUGCGGCUUCGGCGGCCACGGAGUUCCCGCCGAUGGCAUCGAUCGCUGCUGUCGCGUGCACGACAAGUGCUACGGCCAGAGCAACUGCAUCUCCUAUCUGGAGUACUUUGUGCCUUACGUGUGGAACUGCUACCAUGGCAAGCCGCUGUGCGCCGUGGACCACGGCGAGUUCGGUGGCCCCGACUCCUGUGCCGCUCGUCUCUGCCAAUGCGAUCUGCGGCUCUCCAGGUGCCUGAAGAAGUACUACUGCCCACACCGACGCUCCAUUUGCCACUCGUCCAGAUCUCGACGCUUACAGAACCUCAUAUUCUUCGAUUGACGUUUAUUGUUAAUGGUAGUAUGUAAGUGCCACUGCGAAGUGUAUGGAUGAAUACAUG